AUGGCUGGGGUGCAAGAUCAAUUGGAGAUCAAGUUUCGGUUGACUGAUGGAUCAGAUAUUGGCCCCAAAAGUUUUCCUGCUGCUACAAGUGUUGUAACCUUGAAGGAAAGCAUUCUUGCGCAAUGGCCUAAAGAGAAGGAGAAUGGUCCAAGGACUGUUAAAGAUGUCAAGCUAAUAAGCGCAGGAAGAAUAUUGGAGAACAACAGAACAGUUGGGGAGUGCCGAAGUCCAUUAUGUGAUGUCCCUGGUGGAGUUACAACUAUGCAUGUCGUUGUUCAACCACCUUCAGUGGAGAAAGAAAAGAAACAGAUGAGCGAACCGAAGCAGAACAAGUGCGAAUUGCCAGAGCUCUUCGGAGGUUGGGCUCCAAGUUCCAACAGAUUGCUAUGCUCCUCAGCUUGGGUCAUAAGCAAGAGUUUGUUUUAG